UCCAUGGCAAGUGACACACCAGUGUAAUCAUGAAUGCUGGGCAUGCUCAGUGCAUCUCAUGGAACCUAUCACAGUGAAAUAUUUGCUCCAGAGAAACAAUACAGAAAUAAUCAUGGUGUCAUUAGCCCUACAGUUUGAAGAUGAAGCCUGUAAUUCUAAUGAUAAAUACGGCUGGCUGUCUCUGGAAAGGCCACUGAUCCGCCCCAUGUAAAGUAUGCUCAGUUCCUUUCCAGUGGUUUUGCUGGAAACCAUGUCUCACUAUACAGAUGAACCCAGAUUUACCAUAGAACAGAUAGAUCUGCUCCAACGUCUUCGGCGUACUGGGAUGACCAAACAUGAAAUUCUCCAUGCGUUAGAAACUUUGGACCGUCUUGAUCAAGAGCAUAGUGAUAAGUUUGGAAGGAGGUCCAGCUACGGGGGAAGCUCAUAUGGGAACAGUACCAACAAUGUUCCAGCAUCUUCCUCUACAGCCACAGCUUCCACGCAGACCCAGCACUCCGGAAUGUCCCCAUCACCCAGCAACAGUUAUGAUACCUCCCCACAGCCUUGCACUACCAAUCAAAACGGGAGGGAGAACAGCGAUCGAUUGUCCACAUCCAAUGGGAAGAUGUCGCCAUCUCGCUACCAUGUAAACAGCAUGGGUCAGAGGUCAUAUAGCUUUGAAGCCUCAGAAGAGGACCUAGAUGUAGAUGAUAAAGUGGAGGAAUUAAUGAGGAGGGACAGCAGUGUGAUAAAAGAGGAAAUCAAAGCCUUUCUUGCCAAUCGGAGGAUUUCCCAAGCAGUUGUUGCACAGGUAACAGGCAUCAGUCAGAGCCGGAUCUCUCAUUGGCUGUUACAACAGGGGUCAGACCUGAGUGAGCAGAAGAAAAGAGCAUUUUACCGAUGGUAUCAACUUGAGAAGACAAACCCUGGGGCUACGUUAAGUAUGAGGCCUGCCCCCAUCCCAAUAGAGGACCCUGAAUGGAGACAAACACCUCCCCCAGUCUCUGCUACACCUGGAACCUUCCGACUCCGGCGAGGGAGUAGAUUUACUUGGAGAAAGGAGUGCCUAGCUGUCAUGGAAAGUUACUUCAAUGAGAAUCAAUACCCAGAUGAAGCAAAGAGAGAAGAGAUUGCCAACGCUUGCAAUGCAGUCAUACAGAAGCCAGGCAAAAAGCUGUCCGACCUGGAACGAGUUACCUCUCUAAAAGUCUAUAAUUGGUUUGCUAAUAGACGGAAGGAGAUCAAGAGGAGAGCCAAUAUCGAAGCAGCAAUCCUGGAGAGUCAUGGGAUAGAUGUACAGAGUCCAGGAGGCCAUUCCAACAGUGAUGACGUGGACGGGAACGACUACUCCGAGCAGGACACUUGGCAAGCACGCAAUGGGGAGGAGGAGGAGGGAAGAAGUUCAGAGGGAGGCAGAGAAGCAGAGAAGGAUGACAGCACGAGCCAUAGUGACCACCAAGAUCCCAUCUCACUAGCUGUGGAGAUGGCAGCCGUCAACCACACUAUCUUGGCAUUGGCCCGGCAGGGAGCCAAUGAGAUCAAGACAGAGGCCCUGGAUGAUGACUGAUCAGGGAGGAUCACACAGUUAACGUAGUUUAGACGUAGCACCUUAGCAGACUUUCCUCGGUCCUUACCAUGUGUUCUUACGGUAUAACUUACAGUUUCUUGUAUGUCAGGUAGCCGUUAGGGUCUUGUUCUGUGAAGAUGGCAUGGUGCCCUCAGCCUUUGCAUAUACUCUCUCAGUAUUAAAAUCCCAGUAAGUAAUAACCAACCAACCAGACAUCCCUCUCCCAGCCAGCCCCUGAGGCUAAAAAAUCUCGCUGCUCCGUCUUAGCAUUCCAAGAAAGUGCUUCCAGGUAUUUAGAUAACCCUCAGUUCUCAAAUAUUAGGGUCUGUGUAAAAUCUUGAGUACCUUUAGAUUCAUGUAACACUAGGCUGUACCCUGUUCCUGCCCCAAGACUGACAGGAUGCAAGCUGAGGUAGCGGCACAGGACCAACAGACACCGUCCGGGAAGUAUCCAUGGAGCGCAAGGAACACUAGAGCCCCGCCUCGGCCGGAGAUUCACUGACUCAGCCGCAAUAAGCCGUGCCUCCUAGUCACAGCGUGGCUAGACUGUCCUCCUUUGGGUGCUGUGCUAAGAGUGUCACUGGAACCCCCAGCUCAGAUCGUGGUUAAUGUUAACGUGCCCAACACAGACAUCCUUUCCUCUCACAAGCUGUGUGACUUAGUAGAUAACAUACUGCCUUCUGCCUUUGGGACCAUGAUCCUAAAACAAAAAAAGACAAAAAACCAAGUUCUGAAAAGCAAAACCCAGCUUGAGAGCAGUAGGGGAAGCAUGAGCUGAAUGUCGGAUGGCUGCUAAGCCCAGUUCUCAGAGCCUCUAUACAUUCCACAGCACGGUGCCGGCACCUGCCUGGGAAAGUGCUGGAGACACCUACCGUGCAAGUCGCUUUGCCUCCUCUUGGUGCCCCCUCCCUACUACCAAAAAGGUCUCUAAGGAUAGAGGUGAGGUCAAACGUGGGUGAAAGGUCAGGCUUUGUACCCAUCACCUGAAGCCUACCCAGAGCUGCUAGGACUGUAUUGAAGACUGCCGCCUCGACUGUCACAGAUGCAGAUCCUUGCCAAGCGAGGGGCAGAAGGAGCAGGGGUCAUUUACCACUUACGUCGUGAGUGUGUGGGACAUAGCAGGAUGUGCCUGCUUUGUUCCCUUUACUCUGUCCUUGUAGAGGUGUGAAAGCUAUAUUGCUACAGGCAAUUUAUUUAAUAAUUGGAAGCCAUAUUGAUAAUGGAUGUGGUAAUAUUUGUAGUUUAAUCUACUUUAAGCGGCAGUAACUAAUGGAAUUUUUUCCUUGAUCACAUAUGUAGCACUUUUGUUACUUUUUAAAGAUAUUUAUAUUUGAUAAAUCUUUUUUUCAUUUUGAGAACUCAAAAUACCAAACAGUGAACUUGCGUUAUAAAGUCACCCUGUGAUCCCCUUGUCAUCCAGUAGCAAAAUGAUGAACUAUCCGUGCAUCAGAGGAAAUUACAUCUGCUGGCCUUGUAUGAAAAUGACCCUGGCACCCUGAUUAAAUGACAUACUGUCACUGUGGGUAAGAAGAAGCAGUCUUCAGUGUGUUGGCACAGUGUGUGUCUGAGAGAGGCUAAGUGUUUUCUGCCUCAUCCAAUCUCUCCUUUGUGUGUCUGACGAAGCCUCGUUUGGAGGGCAAUGUGGAGUGGGCCAUUAAGCAGGGUUCCGUCUUUUUUUCCAUUAUCUGAACCAAUUUCUAAGAUAGAAAGUAGGGACUGUCUCCUUACCUCCUCCUUCCUCACCAAAUGUGUUUAACUUUAAAGCUGUUGAGAGAAGAGGGCACACGGACCCUCAUUUUCCCCUUCUCACUGGCUGCAUACUCAGUAUCCACAGCAUUUAGCUGGUCUUACCAGGGCACACUCUGACUGGAUUACCCUUUAGGUGUAAGUCUUGGUUACACAAAUGUGAGGAGUCCUCUUUGAGGGGCCUGAGGAUGCUACCCCACCUAACCCACGUCCGUGACUUUGAAGGGUGCUAGGUAGGGCCUGGUCCUGCUUCUGUCCAUGGAUUUCAGGGGGAAAUUGCAUUUUUCCCAGCUCCAAAAACUGAAGUAAAAUGGAGCCAUCUUCUUACUGUAGUACUUGAACCCACAAAUUUAAGAGUAGCAUUUCUUAUUCUCAGGAACAAGCCCCCCACACCUACUUAGAAUCUUCCAUGGUUUAUUUGUGUGUUUGUUUGUUUUUUUAAUUUCACUUAGGAGAUUGCAUUGUCUUUCUUUUUGUUUACUAAGAAGAAAUAUACCUAUUGUAUCUUUCAAUUUUGGUCGACUUUUAUCGGCUUAUUCUCAGUUGAAUCAGAAAGAACAGGAGAUGGGGGACCAUAUUUUUCUGACAAGCCACAUCCAUGAUUUACCAUGAGAUUAUUAUAAUUGACAUCUUUGUGGUGCCAUUGCUCUUGUCAUUUGUUCUCGCUUGCCUUUUUGAAGGAACAGACUCUGACUGUUAAGACGACUCCAGUUUCUAAGGGAACUCUGGCUGCAACAGAAAAGCAAAAUGUUCUGUUGUCCUAAGACCUUCCUUUGAGAGAGAGCAAUGCAGCAGAGGGUACUGAGCCAUGGCUGGUACAGGCAGUGCCAGCUCUGUGUCUCAGUGUGGUGACCCUGGAAGAGCGCAGCUGCCACAGAGGCCAACCCUGCUGAGCUAACUAGAAGGCCUGUCACUAGUCCUGCCGGAGAAGCUGCCGCAUGCCCACAGACUCACAGCCUUACACAGAACCUGUGCUAUCUGACCCACAGUAGGAAUUUGCUUCUUGGGGAUCAAGGUUCAAAUCUACCAUCAGGUAGUUUUCUGGGGGUCACCAGGUCAGAUUCUACUUUUGUGUCCUGGUCCCUGAGUUCUUGGAAUGACCUCAGACCUGCCACAUUCAUUCUCCUUUCUUUGGAUGGUUAAUCUUUCCUUAAGCUUUUCCAGGUGUGGUAUUAAAUUAGAGACUUAAAUUCCUGUGCUGAAAGGAAAAGAGCUGGGCUCCUAGACUCAUCCUAUGUUCUCCUUGCUUGCCGGUCUCUGCUCUCACCUCCUUCUGUACUUCUUGUGGGCCUAGAGGUCUCUUUCAGGACUUGUGCCUUCCUGACCAAUAAAGAUGCUAAAGGGGACAAGGGAGGGGAGCAGACAUUCAUAGGCUUUUCAAAUACUUUGGGUUACUGUUGCUGGACAGGAAGGCAACUUCCCACCUUAUAGUACCUUACAUGAUGACCUGUUAACAAAGGACCAUCUUAAGAUGUUCCUGCCUUUCUGAAGACAAUCACAGCCAACACCUGAGGAGCCAGGAAGGGCAAUACAGUGCUCUCCUGUGUGUGACUAUGCAGUGCCCUCAGAACCCGGAGACACGACUGUACAGCAGCCAAGUUUGUGUUGAAUACCACAUAAGGCAGGCUACAGGAGGAGGGUACCUUGGUUCCUUUCAUUCCAGCUCAGUAGGUGACCUUAGGAAGACAUGAGUGAGAGUGAGGUAGAAGCCUGUUUUGACUAUUGUAUUCCACUCCAGAGCUCUAGUUCCUGGGAGGUUUAUCUUUCAGCCAUACGUGUUCUGAGUGUGUAUGUGUUUCUGUUUGUUUUUGUUUUGUUUUGGUUUGGUUUGGUUUUUUUUAGGAGCAGAUCCCUGCAUUUAUUUUUACCUCACGGGGAUAGCACACGGAGAGUUCUGAUAGUUGUCUCAGCUCUCUAGCUUUAGGAAUUCUUGCUUUAAACUCUUCUUGAAUAGCAGUCAGGCACCAGUGAUAGCAGACCCUAGUCCAUCAGGACGCUCCCAUCUCUCUUUGCAACUCUGCAUGGAUUCUCUUCCUUCCGUGCUGUGUUUCAGCACUGCAUCUGUCUUGAGCUGAUGUCGUGGGAUGCUUUCUCUCCUCUGAACUUGGACCCUCCUUUCUGUUUUGGGUAGCUAAAACUCUGCCAAGCCUUUGUCUACACUCUGAGAGUAAUCCCCCUUUCCACAAUGACUUCUCUAGCCUGUUCUAAAAGUGUUCUUUUCAAAUCCUUACUCUCCCUGGUCCCAAAAAGGAUUUGGUUAGAAGCAGAACCAUACCCCACACCCCACUCUUUUGUUUGUUUGUUUUUGAGACAGGGUUUCUCUGUGUAGCCCUGUUGUCCUGGAACUCACUCUGUAGACGAGGCUGGCCUUGAACUCAGACUCAGAAACCUCUGCCUCUGGAGUGCUGGGAUUAAAAGCGACAUUCCCAUUUAACUCAGCUCUGCUGUAAAACUGUUUUUCCUCUCUUGUUCAGAAAACAGCAGCCUGAACUUUUUCCGUGAGCCUCACCAAGUUCUUAGGCAAUAACUUUUCUUGUGGUCAGUGGUCCUGCACUCAGUGCAUCAGUCUCUGUCCAUCUCUGUGAUGUCACCCUGUUACUAUGAUUAUCAGCUAUGUUUUACUACUGUGUUCCCUGAGGCUGUACUGAGACCAGCCAGAUCCACUUACAGCUUUACUGAGCCAAACUUAGUUUUUAAGAUUUCCCAAGUGAAGGCUGGACACAUCGGCCAGUUCUGCUGUGCGUGUGUUUGCGUGGGAGUUGGGUGGGGAUACACUGGGGCCAGGGCAAAAUCACACACACACACACACAGGAUUCCUCUGUAUGUGCGUGCACGCGUCUGUCGUGUGUGUGCAAGUAUGCUUACUCAGGAUUGGGCCACCGGUUGUCACCCAUACUGAAUUUAACCAACUGAGCUGUACGCUCCAAAGACCCUUUAUCAUUUAUCUCUGUAGUGUGUUGUACCUGUAACAGUGAGCACCCGGACAACUGUGCGGAUUUGUAGGGAGGCAACCAUGGAUGGCCAGCCACUUCCUAAGGCUGUCAUAGUAGCAUGUGCUCAGAACAGGCGCCUGUCCUGCAUGGUCUCCCGUCACUUAAGAACGAUUUCCUUACUGCGCCAGAGAACUGACGUACAAAGGCAGCAGGGAAGGCUUUGACACCCGCCACAUCUCAGACCAGUGUUCUGGCUUCAACUCUUCCAGAGUGUGUUCCAGAAGGCUUUUUCUCAAAGCCAUUUGUUUCUAAACUGAAGGGGAGACACUGCUCCUCCUGACAGCUUACAGGACUGACAGAUGCUCGGAAAUGCAGCCUUGUGCCCAUCUAUGACUGUUAGAAGCUGCAAGAUUGGAAAUUGAGAGGUUUAUGUAGCUACUUCAUUAUGCUAGCUUGGUGGGGGGGGGGGGGUAAGAAAACAAAAUCAGAAACCUGAGCCACCCAGACCUCCACAACUGGUUUUCUUCUCUAACCAAGAGAAGAUGAGACUGAGGGAAGGGUCAGCUGUCACUAUCAUCGCAUCACCAGGGUGGUUGCCUUGAGAUUCCAGAUGUAUGUCCCCAAGCUGCUUUAUCAUUGUUGACUUGCAGUCAGAACUGAGUCUAUUGGGUCCAUUCGGGUGAGAUGUGGUAGGCUUCUUCCUCUGGUGGAGCCCCUCCUGCGCCCCCCCCCCCCCCCCCAACUCUAGCCCUGGUUAGCCGCAGGGAACUUUGCUGUCAUCCUUGGCUGACAAGCCCUUUCUGUGGCCAGUCUUCAGGCUUACAGCUCCGAGCACUGCUGCUGAGGAACUUGGUGCCCCACUUAGAACACCCAAGAGGCCAGCUCCCCUGACUCCGUGUCCGUCUUCUCUCUUUUAAUAAGGACUGGCUCCAUACAGCCAUAAUUAACUUGCAAAUUCAUGAUGGUGUACUGUGAUCAAAUGAAGGUUUGGCUGGAUCUUUUUUUCAAAUUGUAACCAUGGUAAUUGAGGGGGGGUGGCAUAGAAUGAAUAUAUAAAAGUAUAAUGGCAAUUGUUCCGAAUGACUGAGUGUCCUCCUGACAUGUAAUUAGCUGUUUUAGCAGGCUGUAGAUUGGCAUGGUCAUAAUUAAGAGGAUUUCUGUCCUUUAUGUGAUUGAGAAUAGCAGGACACCCAUCCUUGUUCCCUUUGAGCAAUAAUGCUCCCAAGAACAUUUAGAACAGCAGCUUAGUAAACCAAAAUAAUAACAUAGGAUUCGUGUCCCACCCAAGUGAGAGAGGAUUGGGAAUCAUUUCAGGUCCACAUUGGAUUGCUUACUGCUGCACCUGACAUCCAAAUUCUCUGAAACCUCUUGUCCAGUUUGAACCUGUUCUACUUUGGCUGGAAACUGAGACAGCUCUGGCAGAGCCUCUGGGCCCCAUCCUCUUGCUGGUGGCUGGAGAGCCUCCCUUUGGGGAUACCUCUUCCUUUACUGGACUUUCUGGGAUUUUGAGGCUUUUCCUUGGAAACUUGAUUAUCUCCACUGCCAUGACCAUAGGGGAGUAUCUGCCACACGGAAGUUUACAGAGUUGAGUAUUGGUUUCCUUAUGGGACCCUGAGGCCCAGAAUAGACAAUGUGACAAGAACAGGGACCAGUUGACCUCACACAGGAAUGUGUGGGCUCGGGCCCCAGGAGCAGGAGGGUGUGUCUGCACACCUACUUGCUCAUAUCAGACUUGUUCAGCUAGCGUGCCUCCUAGUGCCGUUCUGCUGUCUUCUGAAGCCAUGCUUUCUGUCCCCCACUGCUCUCCUUCGUGCACCUGUGCCUCCAGCAGGCAUCAUGCAGUCCUCAUAACCUGUGGUGUCCUCACAGCUAGGAACUGUAGGCACUCGCUAGUCCUCCAGUCGAUGCUUAGUUUGGACUUUUUUCUUUCUUUCUAGCCAUCCUUUGCAGGAGCCUGGAUUCAGUUAGAGGAUCAGAAGGGUCCACAGGAAUGUGCCAGCAUCGACCCAUGCUAAGUGGCCUUUUAUAAGCUCUCUCCUGCCUGUGGGGCUCCAGACUCAGGUGAGAUUAGCUGGAGUCCAGGAGCCAUGUCCUUUUUCAGGCUGGACACUGCGGGUUUGAUGCGCGUCUCCGCCCUUUCUACAGAAUGUCCCCUCUCACCCAGAACACUAGUCAACCAAGAUGCUGGCUUUAGCUCUGCUGUGGGGAAUGGCUGAGGUCAAGUACUUGCCUAGAAGGUUCUAGAGAGUGCUCUUCCCUCAGCACACACAAAGAGGUGAGGAAGAGAGUAUUUCUGGAGAUGCUUUGGUGUGAUUCCUCCCAAAAACCUCCAGUGAAAUGCACUGCAGGUAUCCAGUGGUCGUGGAAGAGUGACCAUUCUGUAAAAGUCACCUUGUAACCCUUCCUCCCAGCCUGCAGGUCAGAGGUGUGAUCCCUGAGACCUGUGGGUCUUGCUGAGACAGUGGACUUUAGCCCUGUCUUACUUUCCCAGCUGCUGAGCCAUAGCCAUCUCUGUUAGCUUUCAGUUUCACUGCCUUCUAAUUCAAUUCUAAAGUCACUCAUUGAGCUAAUUUUGUGAUCUUUACGCUAAGUCCUGCAUAGCAGCACAACAAUAGGAUUACCUGUGGGCAUUUGGGGGAACAGAAUUGGCAUUCAACUAGGACUCCCUGAUGUUAUCUGCACCCUUCCACCAACCACGCUGUCCCUCUACCACAAUCAGAAAGGGAGUUAAGGAAUCGUGGAAUCCAAGGUUCUGGUGUUCUGGUGUUAGAGCCACCCUGCCAUGGCCUUGGCUCCUCACCAACACUGACUGCCCAUAAGUAGAUGCCUGAGGACACCAAAAUUGAAGCCUAGAAUAAGAACUUCUUAAUAUCCAGAAUCCAGGAAUAGAGCAAGCUGCCUCAGGGCCACGUGUAGGCUCAGUGACUAUUGGUCAGACACCAAACAGGGGACAUCUUCAAGCUGACCUACUAUGCUCCUCUCUCCACCUUCUUUUCUAGCUCUUUCUCACAAAAUUAGAUUCUCCAAGAGUUGGCUGGGUCACUGUCCUCUUCUGAUCUCUUGUCACAUCAUGGGUAGCCUUAAAGCCCAAGAAUGAAAAGUAGUUGAACAAGGCUGAAGGACCCAGCAGGCUGUCUCCUGGGGCUGCCGACACCUUGUUACACUAGCUGACCAGUGUGGUCUUAACAUUGACCUCACUCUGCCCUGAAACACCUUGAUUUGGAGAACAAGAGUAUGUGUGCCUUUCAUUUUGGUAUGAUCAAGAUUUUGCAUCUCUGUUGGUGGCCAAAGGUGCCAUGGACAUUUUGGAGUAAAAUCAGUGCCUGUCGCCUACCCAGGGCUUGAGACAGAGGCAGGUCCCAGGGACUUUGAAGGUUCAUUGCUCCCUCCAGGGUUUAGCUUCCCAGUGCUUCCAGGUCGAAUCUCUCCAACCUUGUUUUUGUAUCUUCCUGAACCCAGGAAACCCCUCCCAUCUUGCUUUACUGGAACUAAUAGAGCCCAGCCUAAACGUGUGAGGCCGUCUGUCCAUUCCAUGGCUCGCUGAGGCCAUUAGACUAGAAAACCAAAUGGCAUUAGAGUUGUAUGAACACAGACAGCAGCCACGCUGCAGACUUUUUUCUGGGCCCUGUCUGCAGGCAGGGAGGUGCCUGGGAGAGCCGUGUGUGCUGAGUGGAGGUGGGUGCUCUUGGCUGCUUUGGGAAAGCAAUCCCCUUAUCAUUUGCCUUGAUGCCCACGUUGACUGUAUUGGAAUCUGCGGGGACCUCAUCUUGCAUCUCUGAAAAUGGGCGCCAGAAAAACAAAACCAAAGUUCUCGGAGUAGAUAGAGGGAGCUUUUUCUUUCCAAGCACUGGCCAUUCUGGCAAGCUUUCUCCUUCCUGCUCUUGGGUUCUACCACAGCACCACUAUGAAAGCUCCCUUCUUCUCUCAGUGGUUCUCACAGUGACCCUGAAUGGGGCGUCAGGGUAGCCUGCACCUCUUCGGGUACUGAUCAGGGACCACAGUGGAAAACUGGCCCCUGAGCCACCACAUAACUUCCCUGGCUGCAAGUAACACACACUCUGCUGGAAGAUGCUAAGAGUGUCGCAGCCGCCUCCCCUGGAAGAGCCUUCAGCCUUCUGAGAUCAUAGGCUCAGCCUCUCCUCCAUGGCCAUGGUUAUGUUGAGUCUACAGUACCUUCCAGGAUAAAAUUCUCAUUUAUGUUUAAGUGCCUAAGCAAGUUACAAACCUCUGGGACCUGUCCGAGAGUUGACCUGUGCCCUGCCCUGUCCUGCCCACCACGCACCCAGCCUCAGGUGGGUGUUGGGCACCCCCACCCACCCAGUGCCCCUGCCAUUCUGCAGGCAGAAUGGUCACGAGGGCAAGCAAGGGGAGAGGGCUGGCUUUGUCGUUGUUUCCUGUGUUCCUUCUGUUGAUGUAACUGUGCUCUCGGAUCGUAGGGAGUUUUAAGGAGUCUGCUUAGCUACAUCUAGCUGACUGAAGCAGGAGUGAGUGAGAUGGGCUCUGAGCAGAAUUCUGUCCCUCAGCACUUGGGGACAUCUCCACUCUAAGGGCUGGCAGGCAGGGAUGGCUGAUACACCUGUGCCCUUUUGCCAUCAGUACUGGAGCCCUGGUCGCAUCUACAGCCCAGAUACCAGGGAGUCGGGAGCCAAGGGCCAUCAUUGGUAGAGUUGUAAUAGGACCCAGUGUGCAUUUAAAAAGAUGAGCUUUUCGUUUUGAAAAUAAUUAAGUCUGAACUAGAUCCGGGCCUUUCUUUAUAUGGGGUACAGGACAGAUUAGUGGCUGUGCCGUGCUCUGUUGGUAUCACACCCAGGUGGAGAGUGGGAAAGGAACAGUCCGUAUAUAGGCACCUUGUUUUCGUUAAUAACCCAGGGUUUCUUUUGCUCAGAUGGAGUAGUGCAAGCACUGGGAAUUUGCAUGUAACAGGCAUGGAUGACCUUGCCAGUAAAACUGCCUCACCUAGAGGAGGGAAAGAAAGCUGUGGGUGAGUGGCCAAGAGGUGGUGGAAAUGAGGCUGGCUACGUGGAGCAUGCAAACCAUGCUGCCCCUGAGGAGUCUGUUAGCCAGCCUCUAGAUGCAGCAUCCAUGGUCUACCAAGCACCUGUCAGGCCCGGUGUAACUGAGAAGUGUCAACCAAAUGCAUGAUAGAGGGAGGCCAGCUCUGAGUCAGCAUCAAGAGGGCCAGGGUUCUGGGCCCUGAAUGGACUUGAACAUUCUAGCAAGAGCUGAAUGCUAAGGAGUGGGAGCCACUCCUGCCUGUUGGAGCGCAGCUUGUGUAGUUCACUGCGGGGCUGGGAGCAGGCUGGCACGGCCAGCUGGGCAGUGGAAAGCGGGCGUCUGGGUUUUGACCAGACACCAGGGACCAGAUGUCUGGAGGUUGCAGGUAUUCAGCAUGAUGCCAGAUGUGAGUGGGGGAGGGCAGAGCGCCCUCCUGGCCUUGGCCAUUGUCUUAGUCUGUGUGUUCCCUUUGGUGUCUCCUCUGCUCUGUCCCCAUCUUGUGUGCCAUGUGUCCCUGAGGGUGUCACACCUGUGUCUGAGUCUGCUGUAAGGUGUUCAGUCUACCUCAAGGGGUCAUCAUGGCAAGCUCUGUCCACAUGGAAUCCUCCUUACAUGCCACACACACUGGAAUGUAUACCGUCCCACCCCCCCAUAACCUCCUGACCCCAUCUUUCCCCGUAAUCACCACAGACUCCUAGUGCAAAUUGGAUGCUGCUUUAAAUGUGAAAAAAUUGUUCAAAAGCUAUAAAAUCUGAAUGGAAGCUAAAGCUGAAUUUAUAAGCCUUGUUGCAUAUGAGCCAAAAGUGCAAAAAGCUCUAUAUAAUGAACUAACCUGCCACUCGUAUAAAUAUAAAUAUAUAUAAAUAUAUUAAAACCAGACUGUUCUACAAAAUUGUGUACUUGUAUUUUUGUGUACGUACAAUUUUCUGCUAAGCAGAAGGAGGGUGUAGUAUAGGGCGCUGUGAGAAGAGAUUUGGUUUAAUCCCAUUUCUUUGUUACUUAUUUUUGUUAACAUCAGAUACCUGUCUUCGUCUUCUCUGUGUAUGACACUGUUUGGAAAGCUGCAGUAUCCUUCUUCAGGCCAGAGUCUGUGAUGAUAGAGCUGGGACUCAGAGAGGUGUCUUGGCCACCCAGCAGAGAGGGGGGCAGGGCUUGACUGCUAUUGUGCCCCUCAGGUGCCAGAGGUGGCCCUGAGGGAGGGAAGUGGCUUGCACUCUGAGGCCAGGCAUGGCAUUCUGACUUGUCUCUGGGAAGCAAACUCCCCUUCUAGAAACCAAUUUCCCAGACGAGAUCACUGAAUACUCACAGACCCGGGAAGCUAGGGGAGGCUCUGCCUGGCAUAGCACCCAGCCCCCUGGCUGUCACUGGGCCAUGACUCCCUUCCAGGUAGCUGCCGCCUUUUCAGACAGGGUCACCAGACCUCCUGUCCUUGACCUGGAGCAUCUCAGAACCCACUUUGCCGGUGCUAAACAGGAGAGGGUUUAGAGUGGCUGCCAGGAAUGGCCAGAACCAACCCACCAGAGGCCAAGGCAAGCUCGGGUGCCCACCUCUGCCCACGUCCCCAGCCCCCUUCUGGGCCCCUGGUGGAGCCUGCUCUAGGAAGUGAUACUGCACCUUCCCAGUAGGACUCGGAUUAUAACAGUGUGUGAUGACUGUAGCAAGAAGCCCUUGUUUCUGGAUGUAAAUGCUCAAAGAAACAAGUGCUCUACUGUAUUGAUAAAUAGUUCCGAUGAGUCCUGUUUCAUUGUAUCUCCUAUUCUGGAUUAGUGCCUUUUGGACAGUAGACUGUUCUGUAAUUAAAAUGUAGUAUACUGCUUUUUUGUACAGUUUUGUUUUAAUAAAACUUUUUUUUAAUUUGUGUUUAUUUUAGUAUUGUACCUAUUAGAGAAUAAAAUGUAUAACUGA